GACCGGUACCAGCUGUAGGCGAGCAAAGACAGCGAGGUAGCACGGAUUAGUACGUUCGCGCAGUUAGUACUCGGCGUAUAGGCGGCCGAAGACGUCGACAUAAAAUCACUCGUCUUCCCGAUCGCCCUCGAAGCCGCGUCGCAUUCUACGAGUCAGAUACCGCGACGGGAGUCAAAGGCGCCCGGUUUCAACGCACACGUGCUCUCCGGUGCGACCGCACGUCCCUUCCCGGUGCACGCGGGAAAGCCAGAGAGAAACUUUUGCCGAUUGAAUAGAAUCGCCCAAGUGUCGAGAUACCGCGGUGGCUGGAAAAUGGAGAUUUGCAACCGAGAGGACCGACUGUGCGACGUGCCACGCGGAAAAGCGUCGCGCCUCGCUGAGAACGGCGAGAAACUCCAGCGGGAGAAAGUUUCCACCCUGCAGGAACUUAUAGAUGCGCUGCACGAAGCCUUCAAGACGGAUCACGUAAAUAUCGAUCACGUUCAGGACCUGAUGAUGAGCUACAAGAGCAAUCCCGCGGAGUGGAAGAAAUUUGCCAAGUUCGACAGAUACAGAUAUACGAGGAACCUAGUUGACGAGGGAAACGGCAGGUUCAAUCUCAUGGUGUUGUGCUGGGGGGAAGGUCACGGGUCAGCCAUACACGAUCAUGCCAAUGCGCACUGCGUGAUGAAGAUACUUCAGGGGAAACUGUGCGAGACGAGGUACGCGUGGCCCGCGGGAUCCAAGACGGAAGACGGUACGGAGGAGCUCAAGGAACUCGAGAGUAGCGCGCUUGAUACGAAUGAGAUCUGCUAUAUUAAUGAUUCGCUUGGUUUGCAUCGCGUCGAGAAUCCAAGUGUGGUUACCCCCGCGGUCUCCCUGCACCUGUACUCACCGCCGUUCUCGUCGUGCUCCGUCUUCAACAAGCAGACCGGGCAGAAGUCUACGUCUACGGUCACAUUCUGGUCCAAGUACGGGGAAAGAAGGAACCGGGAAAUUCAAGACGCCAGAUCUCCCGAGGACAAUUAGCCAGGGCGGAAACACCGUCAGCGAUACGCCAAGUAAGCGUCGGCGAUACUCUAAUCGGAUGCGGAAAACGACCUGCAGCAUCUCGGAUUGGACCCGCUUGCUCAACUUGCAUAAAUUAAGAUAGAUAUAGUCCGUAACAAUCGUGCUAUUACUACUGUCCAAUUUUUAUCGUGAAAUCGUUUCUUUUUAAGUACUUAAUUAAAUCUACUUGUAAGGCUCUGUACUCUGGAAAAAAAAA